UUAAUUUUUUUUAAAAAAAUUUUAUCUUCUUUAUUUAUACACCCCAUAUUUCAUCAUCACCAUUUCCAUUUGCAUCUUCAUACCUUAACAACUCUUCAUCCUUAUUAUAGUCAUUGUAUCAAAAUGUUAGGAGUGCCCUUAAUUUUAAAGGCACUUAUGUUAGUGUCUCCAAGUUUAGUAGCAAUAUUUAUAGGAAGUGGGUUAAUGAUAUACUACUUUUAUGCACCAUAUUGGAAGGUAAGAAGGAUACCUGGUCCUCCACCCUACCCUUUUGUUGGACACCUUCCCUUUAUGGCUAAGUAUGGUCCUGAUGUUUUUGCAACAUUUGCUAAACUCUAUGGUCCUAUUUUCAGAUUUCAUCUAGGGAGACAACCACUGGUAAUAAUAGCAGAUGCAGAGCUAUGCAGAGAAGUUGGAAUAAAGAAAUUCAAAUAUUUUCCAAACAGAAGUAUUCCUCCUCCUAUUUCUGCUUCUCCUCUUCACCAAAAGGGUCUUUUCUUCACCAGGGAUUCAAGGUGGUCAACAAUGAGGAACACAAUAAUCUCAAUGUACCAACCUUCUCAUUUAGCAAGUUUACUCCCCACAAUGCAAUCAUUCAUUGAAUCAGCAACCCAAAAUCUCAAUAACCAAUUACAUAAACAAGAAAAAAAUGACAAUGACAUAAUUUUCUCCAAUUUUUCCCUAACUUUAGCCACUGAUAUCAUUGGACAAGCUGCAUUUGGCAUCAAUUUUGGCCUCUCUAGUCCAAACCAAUCAAAUAAAAGUCAACCCGAAAAACACACCCAAGUGUCCGAUUUCAUCAACCAACAUAUAUAUUCAACUACGACACUUAAAAUGGACCUCUCGGGAUCAUUUUCGAUCAUAUUAGGCCUAUUAGUCCCGUUCCUACAAGAACCGUUUAGAGUUAUAUUAAAGAGUAUUCCGGGGACGAUGGAGUGGAAAGUCGAAAGGACUAACGAAAAGUUGAGUAAACGACUAGAUGAGAUUGUUGCGAAACGCGACAAAGAGGAGAAACGAGAUUUAAAGGACUUUUUGUCACUUAUAUUAAGGAGUAGGGACUCUGAGAAAGUAUCAAAAAAUGUGUUCACAUCUGAUUAUGUUAGUGCAUUAGCUUAUGAACAUCUAUUAGCUGGAUCUGCUACAACAUCCUUUACAUUGUCUUCAAUUGUGUACUUAAUUUCUGGGCAUCCUGAAGUUGAGAAGAAAUUGCUUCAAGAAAUUGAUGGUUUUGGAUUGUCAGAUCAAGUGCCAACUGCUCAUGAUCUUCAGAUUAAGUUUACUUACCUUGAUCAGGUUAUUAAGGAAGCCAUGAGAUUCUAUACAGUUUCCCCAUUAAUUGCAAGAGAAACGACUGUAGAAGUUGAGAUAGGAGGUUACUUACUCCCAAAGGGGACAUGGGUAUGGUUGGCACCUGGUGUUCUAGCCAAGGACCCGAAAAACUUUCCAGAUGCAGACAAGUUCAAACCAGAAAGAUUCAAUCCGAUUUGUGAGGAGGAGAAAAAUAGGCACCCUUAUGCUCACAUACCUUUUGGAAUUGGCCCAAGAGCUUGUAUAGGCCAGAAGUUUGCUAUGCAAGAAAUAAAGCUCUCGAUCAUCCAUCUAUACCGUCAUUAUGUGUUUCGACACUCCCCAAAGAUGGAGAAACCUAUAGAGCUAGAUUAUGGCAUCGUCCUUAACUACAAGCGCGGGGUUAAGCUUCAAGUCAUCAAGCGAGAAUGUAAGAAACAAAACUAAUAAGAGUUUUAACGUUUGUUUUUCGCAAUUGGCGGUUGAAGUUAUUGGCUAGUUUAAAGAGUAAGAAGCAUUGUUAAUGAGUCGGCUAUUAUAAUCAUUUGUAAAUUGUAACACAUAAAUCCAAAAUGCAAUAAGAGACAGUAAUGAAAUACUAAAUGACAUUACAGAUUUCAUCUACUGAA